UUGCCCCUCUGCCACAAGAAAUAUCUUUACAUUUUUUACACAAGAAAAUGAGGAGCCGCCUUGGGAAAGAUGUUUAUUCAGUUUUUGCAGUUUCCACUUAACGAACAACAAAGCGUCUCUUUGUGAGGAGUUUUUAUCGAGAGAUCAAAUAUCAGAUGAAGAGUUGAUCUUUAUAAGUUUGUCUUUCGGUCAAUGAGUGCCUGGAAACAUGAAUCUUUCCAGUGGUCAUCGCAUGCCCCCCAUCGGACUCGGAACUUGGCAGAUGGAGGAUGAUGACAUGUCCCGUAAAGCAUUGAGAUGGGCCAUCGAUGCAGGUUAUCGGUUUAUCGACACGGCCUUUAUCUACAAGAAUGAAGCCGUACUGGGACAAGAACUGCAGAAGAUACUCGAGGAAGGGAAAGUGAAGAGAGAAGAACUUUUCAUAGCCACCAAGCUUCCUUGCAAUGGUUUAAAUCCACUGAAUGUAGAAUACUUCUUCAGAUUGUCUUUAAAAGCUCUGCGCCUGGAUUACUUAGACCUGUAUUUGAUACACGUCCCAAUAGCGUGCCAGCGUACAGACGAUGAUUAUGAAGUCUAUCCAUUCAGAGAUGGGGACGUUCUCACCGAAAUCGUCAACCUAACAGAAACUUGGAAGGUGAUGGAAUCCCUCGUAGAUAAGGGCCUUGUACGGUCUCUUGGCCUCUCUAAUUGCAACAGCCGCCAAAUUCAGACCAUUUACGAUGCUGCCAGAAUUAAACCAGCAAACGUACAGGUGGAAUGCCAUGCUUAUCUGCCGCAGGAAGAACUGUUCGAAUUCUGCAAGAACCUGCGAAUAACAUUCACUGCCUAUUCCCCCCUAGGCUCACCCGGCCUCCCGGAUUACGUGAAAAAACACCACCACCUGGAAAUCAAGCCCAUAAAGCUAUUAGAUGAUGAAAGACUUCUAUCCAUUGCAGAAAAACAUCGGAAAACAAAGGCUCAA